GCCGCCGCCCGCCGCAGGAAUGUUUACCCUUGCAGAAGUUGCUUCACUUAAUGACAUUCAACCAACUUACCAAAUCCUGAAACCAUGGUGGGACGUGUUUAUGGAUUACCUGGCUGUCGUUAUGUUGAUGGUAGCCAUCUUUGCAGGAACCAUGCAACUUACCAAAGAUCAGGUGGUCUGCUUGCCAGUAUUGCCAUCUCCUGUAAAUUCAAAGGCACACACGCCCCCGGGAUAUGGCGCCAUCACCACCAAUAUCCCCAAGAUGGAAGCAGCCACUGACCAAGACCAAGACGGGCGGGUGGCAAGUGACAUUUCCUUUGGCACAUCUGCUGUGACACCUGACAUACCUCUCAGAGCCACAUAUCCUCACACCGAUUCGACAGUUCCAAAUCAGGAGACAAAGAAAGAGAAGAAAGAUCCAACAGGCCGAAAGACAAACCUGGAUUUUCAGCAAUAUGUAUUUAUUAAUCAGAUGUGUUACCAUCCGGCCCUUCCGUGGUAUUCUAAGUACUUUCCAUACCUUGCUCUCAUACAUACUAUUAUUCUCAUGGUCAGUAACAACUUUUGGUUCAAAUAUCCCAAAACAUGCUCAAAAGUAGAACAUUUUGUUUCAAUAUUAGGAAAGUGCUUUGAAUCUCCUUGGACUACUAAAGCGUUGUCUGAGACAGCGUGUGAAGACUUGGAGGAAAACAAGCAGAGAAUAACAGGUGCCCAGACUCUACCAAAGCAUGUGUCUACCAGCAGUGAUGAAGGGAGCCCUAGUGCCAGUACCCCAAUGAUCAACAAAACAGGCUUCAAAUCCUCAGCCGAGAAGCCUGUGAUUGAAGUCCCCAGCAUGACCAUCCUGGAUAAAAAAGAUGGGGAACAGGCCAAAGCCCUGUUUGAGAAAGUAAGGAAGUUCCAUGCUCACGUGGAAGACAGUGACUUGAUCUACAAGCUCUACGUGGUCCAAACAUUUAUCAAAACAGCCAAAUUCAUUUUCAGCCUCUGCUAUACUGCAAACUUCGUCAACGCCAUCAGCUUUGAACAUGUCUGCAAGCCCAAAGUGGAGCACCUGACUGGUUAUGAGGUAUUCGAGUGCACCCACAACAUGGCUAACAUGCUGAAAAAGCUUCUCAUCAGUUAUAUAUCCAUUAUUUGUGUUUAUGGUUUUAUCUGCUUCUACACUCGCUUCUGGUUGUUCAGGAUACCUUUGAAGGAAUAUUCUUUCGAAAAAGUCAAAGAAGAGAGCAGUUUCAGUGACAUUCCAGAUGUCAAAAACGAUUUUAUGUUCCUCCUGCACAUGGUAGACCAGUACGACCAGCUGUAUUCAAAGCGCUUUGGUGUGUUCCUGUCAGAAGUCAGUGAAAAUAAACUUAGGGAAAUUAGUUUGAACCACGAGUGGACAUUUGAAAAACUUCGGCAGCACGUGUCCCGCAACGCCCAGGACAAGCAGGAGCUCCAUCCGUUCAUGCUGUCCGGUGUGCCUGACGCCAUCUUUGACCUCAGAGACCUGGAUGUGCUAAAACUUGAACUGAUUCCGGAAGCUAAAAUUCCCGCUAAGAUUUCUCAGAUGACUAACCUCCAAGAGCUUCACCUCUGCCACUGCCCUGCAAAAGUGGAACAGACUGCUUUUAGCUUCCUCCGAGAUCACUUGAGAUGCCUUCACGUGAAGUUCACUGACGUUGCUGAAAUCCCUGCCUGGGUGUACCUGCUCAAAAACCUUUGAGAGUUGUACUUGAUAGGCAAUUUGAACUCUGAGAACAAUAGGAUGAUCGGACUCGAAUCUCUCCGAGAGUUGCGCCACCUUAAGAUUCUCCACAUGAAGAGUAAUUUGACCAAAGUUCCCUCCAACAUUACAGAUGUGGCUCCACAUCUUACAAAGUUAGUCAUUCAUAAUGACGGCACUAAACUCUUGGUACUGAACAGCCUUAAGAAAAUGAUGAAUGUUGCCGAGCUCGAACUUCAGAACUGUGAGCUGGAGAGAAUCCCCCAUGCUAUUUUCAGCCUCUCAAAUCUGCAGGAACUGGACUUAAAAUCAAAUAACAUCCACACAAUUGAGGAGAUCAUCAGUUUCCAGCAUUGAAAAUGACUGACGUGCUUAAAAUUAUGGCAUAAUAAAAUCGCUACCAUUCCUCCCUCCAUCACCCAUGUCAGAAACUUGGAGUCACUUUAUUUCUCUAACAACAAGCUCGAAUCCUUACCCGUGGCAGUGUUCAGUUUACAGAAACUCAGAUGCUUAGAGGUAAGCUACAACAUUUCAGUGAUUCCGAUAGAAAUAGGAUUGCUUCAGAACCUACAGUAUUUGCAUAUCACUGGGAACAAAGUGGACAUUCUGCCAAAACAGUUGUUCAAAUGCGUGAAGUUGAGGACUUUGAAUCUGGGGCAAAACUGCAUCACCUUCCUCCCGGAGAAGAUUGGUCAGCUCUCCCAGCUCACUCAGCUGGAGCUGAAGGGGAACUGCUUGGACCGCCUGCCAGCCCAGCUGGGCCAGUGUCGCCUGCUCAAGAAAAGCGGACUUGUCAUGGAAGAUCACCUUUUUGACACCCUGCCACUCGAAGUCAAAGAAGCAUUGAAUCAAGACAUAAAUAUUCCCUUUGCGAGUGGGAUUUAA